AUGUGGCGGGACCGCACUAAUCUAUAUAUCUCCUACCGCCAAUCCUUUGCCCACCACCCCACGAAAAAGCCGCGAUACAUUGGAGCUUGGAGUGAUCAUGCAGAUUCCUCGUCAACAUCAGAAGAGCGGCGCGGACUCAUGUCUGGUGCUGGGCUCGAAGAUGACGGUGACGCCGUUAUCGAAAUGGAUCUCCUUCCACCACGCUGGGUCGAUAUACAAGACGAUGUAACGGAGCUCUUAUCAGGAAUCGCGCAGAAGUCAGCCCGCCUAGAUAAGCUCCACCAGAAGCACGUUUUGCCUGGGUUCGAAGACGAGGAUGCUAGAAAGGAAGAGGAGGGCGUAAUAGAACAGCUGACUCAGGAGAUCACCCGAGCGUUCCAUGAUUGCCAGCGCGCGAUUCAGCGAAUCGAGACUAUGGUGAAAGAACAGAAACAGCACGGGGGAGUCAGCAAGAGUGAUGAGAUGAUGGCAAAGAAUAUCCAGAUAUCGCUUGCAUCAAGAGUCCAGGAAGCUAGCGCCGGGUUUAGAAAGAAGCAGAGCACAUAUUUGAAAAAAUUACGAAGUUUGGAUGGAAUGACGACACCGUUGGAGCCGGCCCCAAUGCACAUUCAAAACCCUUAUAUGGAUCCAUCCCUCAUAGAGUCAGAUGCCGACAAAUCCUAUUCACAAUCAACCCUCCUCCAAACAUCCCAGAAACGGGUAACUAGCAACGAUGCCGCGAUCAUCCAGCGCGAGCGCGAAAUAAAUGACAUUGCACGCGGUAUCAUAGAACUUUCUGAUAUCUUCCGCGAUCUCCAAGCAAUGAUUAUAGAUCAGGGCACAAUGCUCGACCGGAUCGAUUUCAAUGUCGAGCGCAUGAUGGUCGAUGUAAAAGCGGCUGAUAAAGAUCUUACAAUCGCAACCAACUACCAACGACGCAGCAUGAAAAGAAAAAUACUCCUCCUCUUAAUUCUCCUCGUGGUCGGCAUGUUCAUCAUUCUUCUCGUAAAACCAAAACGGAGCGGUAGCCCAGCGCCAGCCCCAGCGCCGCAGCCCCCAGCUUCAAACCCGCAGCAACGCCAACAAAGAAGACAACACCGCAGAGCGGUACUCCACUACGACUAUAGUUCCAGAUCCGCAGACCCAUUCUUACUUCCUGCAUCGUUAUCUUCAUUAUCACCUUCGUCAGCCUCCCUCUCCUCAUUCCCUUCCUCAUUCCGCCAGCGAAGGAGCCGGUUCUCUAGAGAUUCUUGGAUCGUUGCGCCGGAUAUAAUAGAUGUAAUUGAAUAG